CUCACCUCCACAUGGUCAUCCGCUCCCGGCCGCCGGCGUCCACCGAAGCCGGCCGCCGCGGUUGUCGCGCGACGAGCUUCCCGGCGGCGAGCUGCUGCUGUGCUGGUCGGCCUUGACAUAUGAAAGUAUAGCUGGUACAGAUGGUCGGCAAUGGAGGUGUUCGAGGACGCGCACUUCGUCCGGCUCCGGUGCUCCGUCGUCCGCCGCGGCAAAUACCUCGCCGCGGAGGACGACGGCCGGCGGGUCUGCCUGUCCGCGCAGCGGGGCGCGCACAACACGGUGUGGGCCGUCGAGCACGUCACGGGCGACGUCCCCGGCGCCGCGCAGGGCCCCUACGUCCGCCUCCGGGGCGCCUACGGGCGGUACCUCGUCGCCACCGACCUCCAGGCGCGGGCGGGCCCCGCCCACGGCGUCACCGCCGAGCAGCGCGACGCCGACCACCACCCGACGCCCCCCGGGUGGGCAUGGCAGGCGCUCCCCCGCAGGAGCUCCCUCCUCCUCCGCAACGGCACCGGGCGCUACCUCCGCGGCAACGGCAGGUACCUCCGGUGGCGCACCGCCGUCACCGUCGCCGGCGACAACGCCAGCCCGAUGAUGCUGUGGACGGUGGAGGUCGUCCCGCCCAAGCCCGGCCGCGUCACCCUCGUCGAUCCGCCGGCCCAGCUGAUCCGGCGGCGGCGAGGUCCGGCGACGGAGCGGGAGACGGAGAGGGUGGUGCGGUUCGUGCGGGCGGACGAGAGCGGCGAGUUCGAGGAGAGCGAGUGGGUGUCGAUGCGGGUGAGCAGCAACAGCCUGAUGCACCUGCGGCUGACGCUGGCGAACCGGCUAGGGCAGAACAGGGACGCGCUCCACACCACCAUCUGCGUCCGCGCCGGCGCCUACGCCCGCCUCUCCCCUCUCCUCGUCGACCUGCCCAUCGGCAACGACCGCAUCGACGUCGUCGUCGUCUCGCACGGCACACCAGUGGAUGAUGAGUUGAAGUACCCCUGUGUGGAUGCUUGAUGUAGAACAAGAAGCCAGCAAAUCAUGGUGCCAUGCAUGAAAGUAGCUAGGACAGCAACCAGUACUUGAAAAUUAAUCUGGCAUCCUACAGAUGGAAGUACAGAAGAUUAAGAGACAGGUGUUAGGAUUUAAUAUGUUCUUUUGGCAUCACUUGGAUCAGUGCUGGGGAUUAAUUAGUUGGGCUGAUAACCACCAUUUCUUCAGUGUACGCAGCGUAUAUUCUCGGUCUGGUAAUUGGUCGAUAUGCAUGUACCGGAGACAGGUAUUAAUUGGAGACGAAGGCAUUAGGCCGGGCACAACUUGUCCAAGUGUUUAGCGUAUCAUAACGUAGAAUAUGUAGCAAUUAAUUAAGCAAUAUAUGUACUAGUUUGAUAGAAAUUGGUGUGUCAGGAUAGAAAGGGCCUGUUUAGGGGAGUUUUUCUCAGCUGCAGCUUCUCCCAAAAGCUGCUUCUGUUAGAAGCUGCCCAAAACGGUCCACAGUUUCUGAGAUACAGAUUCUAAAGAUGAACUAACAAUCCAUUAGCUGAAGAAGCUGUGUUUAGGAGCUUUUUCAGAUUGUCAAAAGCUGGCUAUCAAACAGCUGCUUCUUAGAAUCUAAAGCUCUCUCAAACAGCCCUAAAGGUUCGGUAUCCCAGGACAGGAUCAGCCAUAUCGCAUGAGUCAGUAGAUUGUGUAUUAAUGAAUAGAACAAUUAAAUUAUCCUUUUUAUUGUAUAAUUGUCCGAUUGUUGGUGUGUGUCUAUAUAUAUAUGUCUAUUGGAGAUGUAUUAGACUUGAAAAGGAAAUGUCUAUUGUGUAUAAA